UUCAAAGGUGUGCCUUACGCCACGCCUCCGAUAGGCAAGCUGCGGUUCAAGGCACCCCAACCGCCAAUACCAUGGGAUAGCGUGCGGAAAGCCACACAACACGGGCCCGUAUGUCCGCAGUACGAAUUCUUUGCCAGCAAAUUCAUCGAAGGCAACGAGGAUUGCCUGUAUCUUAACGUGUACACUCCAGAGCUUCAACCUCCCAAACCGCUACCUGUCAUGGUGUAUAUCCAUGGCGGUGCCUUCAAGAGCGGCUCAGGAAAUGAUGACGUCUAUGGACCAGAUUUCUUAGUCAAGCAAGGAGUAAUAUUAGUUACAAUCAACUAUAGACUAGAAGUCUUAGGCUUCCUAUGCUUGGACACUGAAGAGGCACCUGGUAACGCAGGAAUGAAAGAUCAAGUAGCAGCGCUUAGAUGGGUAAAGAGUAACAUAGAUAGAUUUGGUGGGGAUCCUAACAAUGUUACACUUUUUGGCCAAAGCGCCGGCGGGGCUGCCACCGCCUAUCAUCUGCUAUCUCCGAUGUCAAAAGGAUUGUUCAAAAGGGCUAUAGCAAUGAGCGGAGUACCGAAUUGCGAUUGGUGUGAAAAUUUUGAACCGAAAGAGCGUGCGUUCAAACUUGGUAAGCAAUUGGGAUUAGAUACAGACGACCCGGAUAAACUUCUUGAAUAUUUUCAGAGUCUCCCUGUAGAAAAACUGGUAGACACUGAUGCCUGCUUGUUAGCUUUCGAGGAUGUUUUAAACAUGGAGGCUGGAAAAACGAAUUAUUUUGUUCCCGUAGCAGAAAAAGAUUUCGGUCAAGAGUUCUUCAUAAACGAAGAUCCGCUCGAAGUGCUCAAAGCAGGACGAGUAAACGAGGCAGACUUAAUGAUUGGCUACACUAGUGAAGAAGCCCUUUUUAUAGCUGGUAUGGCUCAAGCAGACUACCUGGAUCGAUUCGAAAACUGGCCAGAACUAUUGGUUCCCAAAAAGGUUUCAUACAAUGUUCCACAAAGAAAAAUCUUGGAGUUGGGAAAUCGAAUCAAAGAGCACUAUUUCGGGAAGAAAGCUAUCAAAGAAAAUGCUGUUAAAGAGUUCAUUAAUUUCUUUUCGCAAACUGGAUUCACGUACCAUAUUCAAAGAUUCGCACAACGCAUACCGAAACUGGGGAACACUAAAAGGUAUUUCUACCUAUUUGAUAUGCAGUCGGACAGGAACUUUUUCGCCCAGCGGGCAAAGAUGGACUUCGGCCUUACCGGCGCCUCGCAUAUAGAUGACUGCCUCUACCUGUUCCAAGCCAAUGCGUUGCCUCUGAAAGUGGACACGCAAUCGAAAGCAUACAGUUUGAUACAGAAGAUGUGCCUGCUUUUUACUAACUUUGCCAAAUACGGCGACCCAACCCCAGACGCGUCACUCGGCGCCCACUGGCCCGAGUUCGAUGCGCAAGAGCAGCGUUACUUGCGGAUUGCGGAUCAACUUGUUGUAGGAGACCAUCUUGACGCGGGCGUGGUGGACUUCUGGAGAGGCGUAUAUGAAGAUGCCGGAAUAGAGUUUUAG